UCCUAGGUGUACUUUAUGAAAAGAAGUUUUACAAAUGUGCAGCAUAGGGGAAGAAGAUUUAAGGGCCAAUGGCGAUGCCGGCAGUAUGACUCCGCAUUCACUGAUGGACACUUCAUUCUGUACUGGUGUCUGCAACAAAUGUGGACAAGAAGGAGAAAUGUAUAAAAUGUUUUACAAAGAGCCGAAAUGCAAGGCUUGCUUCUUACAAUAUGUGAAUCAUAAAUUUCGAGCAGCAGUAGGAUCAUCCAAAGCCUUACCUCGGAAUGCUAAUAUACUUUUAGUGUUUGAUGGCAGUGCACAAGCUGUUGUGCUAUUAGAUAUGCUACAAAAGGCACAAACAGAAACAGGUUUUAAAAGGCUGCAUUGUGAUUUUAAAAUUCUCUUUAUUGAUGAUUGCGCUCUGACUCCAAGGCACAUAAGGGCAUCGAAUUCUAUUAGUUACGUUCAAAAAGUGCAAGAACUUAUUUUGAGUUAUAAAGGUCCAGAGGCUUAUAUUAUUAAUUUAAGUUGUGAAGAACACCAAAAACCAUUUGAUAUUAUCAAUUUAGGGUCGUACUUGUCCCGAGGAACGGACAGAGAAAUAGUAUUUACGAAUACUUUGCUUAAUAUUCGAUCAUCAACUAGCCGCAGCGAGCUUAUAAAGGUGCAUCGAAAUAAAUUGAUCGCAUCUGUGGCGCAGGGUCUAAAUUGCAAAUAUGUCUUUAUACCUUCGAUUAAUGUCAAUAUAGCAGCUGAUCUAUUGGCAGGGAUCGUACUUGGGCGUGGCAACGACGCUGCUUUGGAUGUUGCAUUCCUUGACGAUCGUAUGGGAAAUGGUGUAAAGUUCAUGCGCCCUAUUAAAGAUCUAAGCGAAAGGGAAGUCAUGCUGUACAUGCACGCUAAAGGUUUAAAACCGAUCAAAACACCUUUUAAUUCCCAAUCAAACAGUGGCGCAAGUUUGCAAAACGUUACGGAACUAUUUAUACAAAAUCUACAAAAAAAUUACGAUUCAACGGUUUCAACAAUAUUUCGUACCGGAUGUAAAAUAGCAUCGAAUAGUUAUACAAGGCCAGAUGAAAAAGAGCUAUCCAAUAAAAUUGAGGGCUGUAAUAGCAGAUUUGAUUUAUGCAGAUUUUGUAAUUCCUUGAUUGCAGAAAAAUCUUCGACCCUUUUGGCGGUGGAGUAUUCACGCUUAGUGUCUAAAGGAGUAACGUCGUCUUCUGAUCUAAAAACUUUUUUUGAUAUGGACAGCGAACAAAAGGAAA